AUGCCUGUAAAAGCAUCUGUUCGUAAAUUAACAAAUGGAAGUUCAAAUGGUGUUAUACCAACAUCUCAUCAACGAUUACAAAAUCGUGCUGCAGCAGUCUAUGAUGCAUCUAUUGACUGUUUUGAUCUAAAUAUUGUUUGUCAUCUUCAUCGUUUGUCAAAAGAAACAAUAUUAAACGAUUGGAAAGGCAAUAUAGAUUAUUUAAAAGAAAAACUUAAUUUAUCUGAUAAAAAUGAUAUUAAACGUCGUUUUAACAAAAUAUUAACUGAAGUUAAUAAUGAUGGUCUACAUCCAACAUUAGAACAAGCGAUCAAUGAAAAAUCAAUUAAAAAUUCUAUGAAACGCUUUUUAGACGAUUUUAAUCCUAAUAAAAAACAAAUUAUUAUAGAAGAAAAAUUUUCAUCAUCAAAUUCACUUUUAGUAUUAAUUAAUCAAGGUACACCGAUCUUAACAAAAUUUGAAGAAAACUAUAUUUUAAAUUGUUUAUUAAAAAUUAAGCCUCAAACAUUUAGUGAUAUUGAAGAUAUUCUAUAUCAAGAAAUUAAUUCCAUUAUUAAUAUUAAUUAUCAGAUAAAAUUAACAUUUAUUGAUGAAAUAUGGUUAACCACAUUUAUGAUAAAUUCAUUCGAUUAUAUGUGGAAAAUUGAUCAAAAAUGGUUAAAAUUGAUAGCUGAAAGUAAAACAAAUGAGAAAAAAUGGUCAAAAAAAUUAAUUAAAUAUAUUUCUAAUCAAAAUGAUAAUGAUAAAAUGAAAUAUUGUACAACAAAAAAGAGAAAAAAUUAUGAUAAAGAAAAUGAUGAUAAUGAGAGGAAAGAUGAUCAACCAUUGGCGAAAAAAAUGAGUCAAUAUUAA